AACGAACCUUGUACUUGCCGCGUUUCUAUUGCUUAUUGCUUCACAGCAGUAUUCGUACCCUCUACACAAACAACCACCAGGAGAAGCGGCAACCAUACGAAACGAGACCAUGGUGGAACCACAACAGCAGCAGCAAGAACAAGAACAAGAACAAGAACAAUCACCUCCGCACCGGGUGCAAACAACCAUCGAGGACGACUGGAACAACAUCGUUGCGCUAUCGGAAUACGAUGCCGCGGUGGCAGCGAUCGAAUCGACCUUCGACCGCUUCCGGAGCGGAAACCAAGGCGAACGGGAUGCCGAACACGGAGACGAACACGGAGACGGAGACGGAGGCGCACCCCCGCUGGACCGGGACGUGAUCGCGGAGAUCUACGAGGCGGCRAGGGCGUCGCUGCUGGCCAACGUGGCGCGCGUCGUUCGGCCCGUCCACGACAACGAUUACAGCGAUUACGUGGAYCGGUACCAUUUUGUGUUGGACGACAGCGACGAUGACGACAACGACAACGAUGACAACAACGACGACAACAGCGAAGAGGAGGAUAGCGAUGGCGGCGAGAGCGAAGAAGAAGAGCAGGAGAUCGACGAGGAAGAGCUCGUCGAUGCAAAAGCCUGGGAGAACGCCCGGGAACUGCGAACGCGGGUUCGCACCAUGGCGGCCAGGGUACAGAGCGUCCGAGAACGCGUGUUGAAACACACCGAGGAAGGGGUGUCUUCUGCCGUUUCGGGAAACCUCAUCGACCCACAGGUUCGAGUGGURUUCGACGGGGAACCGGAAGGCGAUGGCGACAAAGACAACGACAAAGACAAGAACGACCUAACCAGUCCUUGUGCUUCGGAAGACAAGGAAAAUCUCGUCGACAACAACGAUGGCACACGCGGAAGCAUUCGACAACGCAGAAAYAAACCCAAUGCUUGUCCUCUGCGGAACUCGCUGGAGGAGUUGUCGGAGCUUCUAAAAGAUCCGAAAUGGGCAAGUCUCCCGAACCGAAUACAAUCCCUGCAAGAAACAAUCGAAACCGUUCAGAGAGAGACAAGCGAAGAUCGGGUCAUGUCCCAAACCGAAACAGCGAUCACCUCGMGGUACAAAAACACGAUUGAUGCGUCGGAGCGGCGAAGGGUCUUUGGGGAAGACUCCGGGGAGGACGGCGAUUCGCUGCUCGCAGGCUCUGCUUCCAUGGAUCCGAUGGAUCGCCUGGCGCUCUUCGGACAGAUUUUUUCGUAGCSGGUCGAGCCCCUGGUGCCGGGAACGCUUGGAAUUGGAYCUCGGCUACAGCAAUGCUUACCACCAGCAAAGGAUACUAGUAGCGGAGUGUGCGCAAGACACCACAGCAAAGCAGAGAGAUGGGUGCUGCUACACGUCUAGGGGUUUGUCAGAUGCAUCUCCGUUGUCAUGGUUUCUAGCAGCAGCUGCAGCAGCGCCUUGUGUACUGGUGCCAGUACUGAUACGAAUGUUGUUUCUACUAGAUUUAGGAACUGUUCUUCUUUUUGUUUURUUGCAUUAUACUAGUAGGAGUAGUACUUUUGUCGUAUUUUGAGCAACUGGUGUUGCUGAGUCAACGAUUCUUCUUCGCUAUUACUAGAAAAACUUGUUGCUGGGGUCGAGCAGGACACUCGAUUUGCUACUGCUGCUAGUAGUACAACAGGAGCUAGAAGCAGAGACUU